AGUGUAAUUACGAUACUGCGACGACUUGGUCCUACCGAAUCACCAAAUAUGGUGUAUCAACGAAAAUCAUAUUCCGAUUACAAGAAAUACUGGCUAGGUCCAGAUUACAGAUUCGAAUUCAGUUAUUACUACAAGCCAAUCUCGACCAGUUUGUAUCACUACGAUGAAUAUUGGCCGUACGAUUGGCAGUCCUGGAGAUAUUGGCCAACUUGGAGAUCUUAUUAUAAAUAUUAUAUGGAUGAUUAUAUUCCCAGUUAUAAAACGAAAGCAAAAAUUAGUGCGAUUUUGAAAUCGAUUAAACAAGUUACAGUGUCAAUACAAGUUUGCAAGAUGAGUUUGUACCGUCGUUCAUCAAGGUAUAAUUCCAUUUAUGAUUCAACCUGGAGGGAUCCAACCUGGGAUCCCGAUUUCCAGGUUCGCCACAGUUAUGCUAGACCUUUAAGAAACUUUACUCCCCUAUAUGUUGGCGAAGAAAACGAGAAAAAGGAGUCUUAUACCCGUGGUAAAUACUCGUCAUUGUGGCCUUUGUGGGAAAGGACAGGCAGAGACUGGGGCUCAUGGAAAUACUUUGUCGAUUAUUUGUCCUCGUACACUUCCGUCAGAGAUUUGGGCUAUCAGUAUUUAAAGUACGCUCCAAUUUGGGAGUCAGGACACUCAUGGAAAUCAUGGAAAUAUUUUAACGACUACCUAAAAAGUUACACAACCUUAAAAGACUUAAAAGUAAUAAACAUGGGCUAUAGGUAUCCUUUUUACGUGGGUGGCGGAGCCGACUUAGAUCGACCUGUUAGGUAUAACAGAGACCACUGGCCGUAUGAUUAUUACACGGAAAAGAGCUGGCCCUCGUUUAGAGAGGCCAGGGAAUGCUACGUCCCUCAAAGUUACUCGAACUACUUUUCAGGCAAAUGGCCAAGGGAGUACUACAUGGAUUCGGGCUCUCUGUAUUCAUACCUUAGACAUUUGAGAGUAAGGAUGAUGAUAAUUUGA